ACGCGAUGUCUUUUCCAGCUCAUUCCACGAUUUGUCAAUAACUACGGGCGUCCCUGCCCCGAAAAGAAACAGGGAAAAGGGAGUGAGGAACCGCUGAAUCACGGAGCGCGGACUCCACAGCUCCCGGGGCGGGGAUGCCGGUGCAGCCCAGGCCGGGUCUGUCCCUCGGCUUCGCCGGGCGGAGCGGCGGCAGCUCAGGCGCGCCGCGGGCAGCCACGGGGGCCUUUCCUGCGCCGGCGCCGGGGGCCUCCUCCGCACUCUCUCGCGCCGGGAACAUGGCGGCGGCUGCUGGCAGUGCGCUGCUGCGCGGGGCCGUCCGGGGGCUGCUGCGGCCGCCGCUAGCUGGAGGCACCGCCGGUCCGGAGCGCGGCUUCAGCCUGUCCCACAAUCGGGGCACGGUCGUCGUGGAGCGCUGGUGGAAGGUGCCGUUGGCCGGAGACGGCCGGAAGCCGCGCUUGCACCGGCGACACCGCAUCUACAAGCUGGUAGAGGACACCAAACACGGGCCCAAAGGCAGCCUGGAGCUCCUCCUCACCCAGUCGGUGGUAGGACUUGGAGUCCGGGGUGACCUGGUCUCAGUGAAGAAAUCGUUGGGCCGGAAUCGACUGUUGCCGCAAAGUCUGGCUGUAUAUGCAUCCCCUGAAAACAAGAAACUGUUUGAAGAGGAGAAAUUGCUGAGACAAGAAGGAAAAUUAGAGAAGAUCCAGACCAAGGCAGGUGAGAUGACAGUGAAAUUUCUGAAAAGCUGUCACCUGGAGGUGGGGAUGAAGAACAACGUCAAAUGGGAACUAAACCCUGAAAUAGUUGCCCGCCAUUUCUUCAAAAAUCUUGGUGUUGUGGUCGCCCCACAUGCAUUAAAAUUACCAGAAGAACCCAUUACACAGUGGGGCGAGUAUUGGUGUGAGGUGACGGUAAAUGGACUUGACACUGUGAGGGUACCUAUGUCUGUGGUGAACUUUGAGAGGCCCAAGACCAAAAGAUACAAGCAUUGGUUAGCCCAGCAAGCUGCCAAGGCAGUGCCCCCCACCGGCUCCCAGACCGUCUGAACCUGCUCUCCCUCAAAAGCA